AUGGAGCACGUCCCAUCACUAUCUGAAGUUAUAGCCUAUACAGGGUCUUUCGCUUCGCGGGAUCCGCUGUAUGCCGAGAAUUUCGGACAAAAGUUCCCUCGAUUUUCCUCAUUGCCACUGGAAAUUCGCUUCGUGAUUUGGGAAUAUGUACGACCAGCACCAAGAUACAUCAAGCUGUCUUGCAGAGAAUGCAAGUCGAAAUCCAAGUGGGACAGAGACCCAAGAGGUUGCUGUUUCGCGCAUCCCCUUUACAGUCGUGCACCACCACCAGCCUUGUUACACGUUAACUCCGAGAGUCGUGCGGUAGCCUUGAAAUGUUAUAGCCUCUCAUUUGGUUGGGUAGUCUGCGGUCCGCCCAAAGUCACCUACUUUGAUUGGGAGCGUGAUGGGAUAUUCUGGGACUAUGAUGAAAGUCAUGAUGUUCGUGGACUUAUGACUAUAGGCCAGUUGAAUAAUAUGAGCAAAGUACGUCUGAAGCAUAUCGUCUUCUACGGCCUCGACUCUAAACAUGUUCGAAGUCACUUCUUUACGAGGGCAUCUCUACUACGACUGUACACUGGACUGGAGUCGUCUAUUGAGAUUACUGUUGCGCCGAGAGGGAUUGUCCGGGGAUUCAUUGAGCAAGAUGACGAGGAUUUGAAGCAGGAAAGUCUUAGAGCGAGAGCUAUUCUUUUUUAUGGAGAGGUUGUCAGAUUUCUUACCGAAAUUAGAUUUCAUUACGCGCUUCGACAUAUUCCAUUGGGGUUCUGGUCCUGGGUCUGGGUUGCUACCAUGGCGUUUAUCAUUUGGGAUGUACGGAAAGUGGGGCGGGAUGUUCAAUGUGUACGUUCUUCCGCGAGCUGCUGGAGGCUGGAGGUUAGAAGUGAGUUGGAUAAGAUGAGCUUCUCUGAGCGUAGAGCGCUUUGGAUAAAGUGUGUGAUGUGA